AUGGGAGGUGGUGAUUUCAAAGGAGGAGAUGGCGGUGGUAAAACCUUGGCGAUUGGUAAUUUUGCAGGAGCUAAUGAUGAUGGUUUAACUCGUGGAGUUGGUAGUUUCACUGGAGGAGAUAUUGGAGCUGUAACUAUGGGAUCAGGAUAUGGAAAAGGAUCAGAUAUUGGAAAUGCAGUCACUGGAACCGGCGAUUCAACAGGAGCAAAUGCUGGAGAUAUAGCUUCAGGAACUGGUAAUUUCACCGGAGCAAGUGUUGGAGAUAUAAUCUUUGGAACCGGUAGUUUUACAGGAGCAGAUAUUGGAGAUAUAGCCCUGGGAACUGGUGAUUUUACAGGAGCAGAUUUUGGAGAAACAGGCUUAGGAACAGGUGUUUUAACAGGAGCAGAUGUUGGAGAUGUAGUUUUUGGAUGUGGUGAUUUAACAGGAGCAGAUGUUGGAGAUAUGGUUUUAGGAACUGGUGUUUUAACAGGAGCAGAUUUGGGAGAUGUUGUCUUAGGAACUGGUGUUUUGACAGGAGCAGAUGUCGGAGAUGUGGUCUUAGGAACUGGUGUUUUGACAGGAGCAGGAGCAGAUAUUGGGGAUGCAAUCUUAGGAAGUGGUGUUUUAACAGGAGCAGAUGUGGGAGAUGUAGUUUUAGGAAGUGGUGUUUUAACAGGAGCAGAUGUUGGAGAUGUAGUUUUAGGAAGUGGUGUUUUAACAGGAGCAGAUGUUGGAGAUGUAAUCUUGGGAAGUGGUGUUUUGACAGGAGCAGAUGUUGGAGAUGUAGCCUUAGGAAAUGGUGAUUUAACAGGAACAGGAACAGAUGAUGUUGGAGAUGCAACCUUAGGAAGUGGUGGUUUAACAGUUGCUGGUGCAGUUGCAGGUGGGUGA